UUCCAUUAUCAUCGGAAGAUUAUAAAUUCAUUAUGCAAUAUCGUGAUGCAAAACCUAAAACUGAGGUUUUAAAGGAAUUAAGAAAAAAAUACCCUAUGACGAAUGACCGUUUUUAUAGAAUUUGGAGAAGGCAAGAAAAUUUAUCUAUACCUAAAUCGCACUUACCAAAUAUUGACCAAGCUAGUAUAGUUGAAAAUUCUAAUGCUAGUGCCAGUAGCAGAGCCACGAGUUUCCAACUCAAGGCACAUGUUAUCAAUGGGGUUGACACGGUCAAUAAACUGACAAAAAAAGUAGGAGGAGGAGAUGGCAUGUAUGUUAUAAUCGAAUGUGAACGUAGAGAAGCAGAAGAAGCCGAACGCGAGUCUGAAAGAUUUUUAAAUCUCAACUAA